UUGGAAGUAUAACUUUUGUGUCCUUUUCCAAAAAAAGAAAAAGGAAAAGAAAUGUAUGAUACGUGGCAGACAAAGAUCUAUGAUAGAUCCACACGUGGAAAAGAAUGUGGCCAUUCCACACUUCCCUUUCCCUCCCAUCGAAAGCAGAGCCAAGACCAAAACCAAAUUCCAAAGGCAAACGAAUCGGAGAAGACGCACCCGAUUCCAAAAUGGCUCAGGCCGACCACAACUCCGGCCAAGAGAUUGAUUCCGCCGCCGCUCUACAACUCUACCUCGACCGCAUCCCCGUCACUUCCAUCUCCGGCAUCAAAGCCGCCGCCGUUCUGGAAGUCGAAACCGGAGACUCCGUGAAGGAUGCGAUCCGGAUCAUGCACGACAGGGAUGCAUCUGGCGCUCUCGUCGCCGACGUUUCCAGCCACGGAUUUCCCGAUCGCUUCAUCGGCUUCCUUAAUCUCUCGAGCUUGCUUCUAUGGUGCCUCGAGGAGAUUGGGAAGUUGGAGAAUGGAAUCAAGUGCGUUGAGUCUGAGGAGACUAAGGAGACUGUAUCUGGCAUUCUAGGUUUUCUUGAACAGAAUCCACACAUUGCCCAAACCAAGGUGGGUGAGUUAGGGAAGACAUUCUUGUGGGAUCCUUAUUUCCCAGUUAGGCUGGGGGAUACGCUUCUUCAUGUUCUUCUGCUGCUCUCCAAGCAUCGCUUGCAGACUGUGCCUGUGGUUGAGAUCUCCAAUUCUCACGUCACUGGCUUCAUUACUCAGAAUGCAGUAGUUCAUUUGCUUCUGGAGUCAAGUGGACUGGAGUGGUUUGACAGCAUAGCGGACAAAGUUAUAUCAGACUUACGGUUUAGUAAUGAAGAGCUCGUUCUUCAUGUGUAUGGGGACGAAAACAUUACAGAAGCUUUUCAUAUAUUAUGGGAGAAUCAAGUGGGUGCAGUUGCUGUAACAGAUAGAGAAAGUAAGAGACUCAUUGGUAGUUUGAGGAACAGCGACGUGUGUCUUCUCUUGGAGAAGGAAGAUUUAUUUCAAAAUAGAAAAAGACUAACAGUGAAGGAAUUCAUUCACAUGGAAUCGAAUAGAGCAGACUUUAACCUGAACGUCGAAGGGGGCCACGGUACACCUACCUUGUUGGGCGCUCGUCCUUUGACUAACUGUGCGCUUCCAAAUAUGCACACCCCAGUCACCAGCAAGAGAGAUGACACUCUGAAGCAGGUGAUGAAAACAUUGGCUGCGGCAAAUAGCAGUUUCAGCUUCCUUGUCAAUAAUUCACACCGAGCAAUGGGUAUACUCACUUUGCGAGAUGUGAUAACUCAGUUUUCUCCUCCCUGCAUGGAUUCAACAUUUCAAGGAGGUGGUUUUUUUGAAUCUGCUCUGGAACAAACUGGGUGUCAGGUUAGAAAUGGGACCAUAAUUUGUAACAAAACAUUUUAGUAUAUUGUGCUGAGUUUAUCGAUCUGAGGAGAAUAGAUAUACCAGAGGAGUAAUCUGCAAGCAUUGUCGCCUUUACCUAACUUGUUCAAACUCCAUCAACUUCCAUCCUAUAUGUUAGUUUUCUUCCUUGAAAAA